UCGGUGGUGGUCGCGUUCAUUUUCCGCUGCUGCCUGUUCUGUGAUCUUCUUCUUCCUCGCUCCAAUUUCUUCAACGGAUUGCUUCUUCUGAUCUUUAGGCUCUCCUUUCCAUAGAGCUCUGCAGGAGGAAGCGAUGGUAUCCGCCUUUUUUUAGAGCAGAAUCGCCGGCCACCGGCGAAACCCUAGGGAGAUCCAACUUUAUCGCUGAAUUCGGCUUAUAGGUUGUGAGAAUGUCGACUCCUUCAAGGAAGAGGUUGAUGAGGGACUUCAAAAGAUUGCAGCAAGACCCACCUGCUGGUAUCAGUGGUGCUCCUCAUGAUAAUAACAUUAUGCUCUGGAAUGCGGUUAUUUUUGGCCCUGAUGACACCCCUUGGGAUGGAGGUACGUUCAAGCUGACGCUUCAAUUUACUGAGGAUUAUCCCAAUAAGCCACCAACUGUGCGGUUUGUUUCGCGGAUGUUCCAUCCAAAUAUUUACGCAGAUGGCAGUAUCUGUUUGGAUAUUCUGCAGAAUCAAUGGAGCCCAAUAUAUGAUGUUGCCGCAAUUCUUACUUCAAUCCAGUCAUUGCUAUGCGAUCCAAAUCCCAACUCCCCUGCAAACUCAGAAGCAGCUCGGAUGUUCAGUGAGAACAAGAGGGAGUAUAACAGGAGAGUGAGGGAAAUUGUCGAACAAAGCUGGACGGCAGAUUAAAACAAGAAGAAAGAAGAAAAAGAUGAAGGUUUGGCGCUAUCAUUUCUAUCUGAAGAACUUGGGUUUGGUUUUUAUUAUUUUCCUGAAUGAAAUGAUUGAACUUUCUGAAAAAAAAAAAAAAAAAAAAAAAACUUCUACUCUGUUACUCUGCUUUUAUCUGAACUUUCCCUGCCCUUGUAUUUAAAUGGCGUUUCAUGCGUUCUUAGUCUGCCAUUUCCUGCCCUUGUUCUAAUGCAUUGCAUAUUCAGCAUCUAAA